AUGCAUGAGGCAGAGGUGGAAGUGAACAGUGAUGCGCAAGCCAUAUCCAAGAGAGGAAGCUUCAAGUAUCUUGGGUCCAAAAUUCAAGGAAACGUGGAGAUUGAUGAGAAUGUUGCGCAUCGUAUUGGAGCGGGUUGGGGGAAAUGGAGUCUCGCUUUUGUGGUUUUGUGCGAUAAGAAUGUGUCGCCAAGGCAAAAUGGUAAGUUCUAUAGUGUUGUGGUUAGACUAAAUUUGUUAUAUGGAGCAGAGUGUUAUCCAGUCAAGAAUGUCCAUGUCCACAAGAUAAAUGUGGCAGAGAUGAGGAUGCUUCGAUGGAUGUGUGGGCAUACUAGGAGAGAUAUGAUUAGGAACGAAGUUACUCGGGGAAAGGUACGAUUGAACUCUGUUGCAGACAAAAUGAGGGGAGCGAGACUGAGAUGGUUUAGGCAUGUGAAGAGGAGGUGUAAGGAUGCGCCGGUAAGGAGGUGUGAGAGUUUGGCUAUCGUAGGAGUUAGGAGAGGUAAAGGUAGGUUGAUGAAGAACUGGAGGGAGGUGAUUAUAUAG